AUGCCGCGCGGCCACCUGCACCUGCCGCUACUAGCACUAGCGGGAUGCGCAAAGCAGGCGGGGCGUUGGAGUUUAGAUGUGCGCUCCCGGGAUAGGCUGCCCCGGAGAGGGAGAGGCGGGGUCGGCUGUAUCACGUGGAUCUGCUCCCGCCGCCGCCACCGCCGUGGUCGUCUUUCUCUGUCUCGGCUGAGGCAGCCAUCUUGCUCUUGCCGCGUGCUGGUGUUGGAGGACCCUCCGUGCUUCAGAUUUACCAACAGCAUGAAUCAAGAAAAGUUAGCCAAACUUCAGGCUCAGGUCCGGAUAGGGGGCAAGGGUACAGCUCGCAGAAAGAAGAAGGUGGUACAUAGAACAGCCACAGCUGAUGACAAAAAGCUUCAGAGUUCUCUAAAAAAACUGGCUGUGAAUAAUAUAGCUGGUAUUGAAGAGGUGAACAUGAUUAAAGAUGAUGGGACAGUUAUUCAUUUCAACAAUCCCAAAGUCCAAGCUUCCCUUUCUGCUAAUACCUUUGCAAUUACUGGUCAUGCAGAAGCCAAACCAAUCACAGAAAUGCUUCCUGGAAUAUUAAGUCAGCUUGGUGCUGACAGUUUAACAAGCCUUAGGAAGUUAGCUGAACAGUUCCCACGGCAAGUCUUGGACAGUAAAGCACCAAAACCAGAAGACAUUGAUGAGGAAGAUGAUGAUGUUCCAGAUCUUGUAGAAAAUUUUGAUGAGGCAUCAAAGAAUGAAGCUAACUAAAAGUUUGGUUUUUGGAAGCUGGCAUGGACUAGAUUUAACAAAUCAGCUAUGUGGUUCCAAAGUUUUACAGACACAGAGAACAUCACCUGUUACUAGUUCAGUAAUAUAAAUAUUUUGUAUAUUAAUAAUGCUGUUUGUUCAGCAUUUUUCGGUCAUUUGAUUUUGCAUUUUGCACUUCCUCCCAGGAUAUUUUUUUGGUCAAAAUAUGAAGUAUUGGUGCAGUUUGAGGGUGUUUUGGUUUUUGAUUCCUGGUUUUUUUGUUUUUUGUUUGGGGUAUUUUUGGUGUAUGUAUGUUUAUGUAUGUGUGUGGGUAUGUGUGUAUACAGUGGAGAGCAAAUUGGAAAACAGUUCUAUUUAUCCUCCUCCCUCCCCAGUAGAAAUAAAAAAAAAUCUUUACAUUUGUUACUUUUCUUUUCCCCCCAUAAGACACAGAAUUAAUGGAAAGUGAGUAUCUUGGAUUUCAGAUCUGAAGAGAUUUUUACCAUUAGUGGUUUGAUUUUAAUUUGCUUGGUUAACUAUCAUAUUUUUCAUACACUUCUCUGGGUUUAAAAUGUCUUGAAGUAUUUUGCCACUGGCUUCAUGCUAGAGUAAUGGGUAACAUAUCUUUGGUAUGAUUGCCUUAGAUUAACUUACCUAGUCAGACCCAGAAGAACUUCUUUUACUAGCUUGCUUCCUAAAUGCCUUUUUUCCUCUCCUUUUGGUCUCCAAAUGGCCUGGUCAGCUUUUGGUAAUAUUCUUCCUCAUCUUCCACCUAGCUUGAGAAGGAUGUUCUCCAUAUAGAGUUAAGCGAGUGCCUAAUCCCUCCUUUUGUAAGAUUUUGUUCCCUCAUCUUGAGGAACAACUUCAUCUUCAACUUUUUAUUUCUCCCCGAUGUUACAGUUUGGUAGAUUUCAAACUGGAAUAGCUAGCAUGUGCUUGCUAAAUAAUUUUAUGCCAGUCUUAUCCUGUAUCCUAGCUGUUCUUAAUAGCAGGUACAAAAAUGCCUGUUUUUCAGCAAGGUUGAAAUUGGGAAUGUCCUUUUGAAUCAGAAGAAAAUAGGCCAUAGACUCAUCCCCCAGCACAAAUGGGCAUUCUAUGAAAUGGUACUGGCCCUAGGAGGAUUUCCUCAACCACUCUCCUACUUUUGGCCUUGAACCUACCUCUGGGUUGGAUCUUACUAUUGUAGCUGCUCACUAUACCCUCCUGCAUGCUUAGAAUAAUGCUUUGGGGGAGCACUGGUAAAACACAGUAUUUAUUUUUUUACCUCCUUUAAGAGGACUUGGAGGUAAGUUGCAUUCAUUCACUCAAGUUUCCCUCUUGCUGUCUAAUAGAAGCUUACUUUUUGCUAUAUAAGCAUUUGUUACAGCCAAUAUUUAAGGACAAAAUUUAGAAAAUAUAUCAUUUCCUGGCCCAUCAUCAAACUAAUACAGCUUAACCUUGCAGCUACCAACUUUUGUGUCAAGCUAGAUAUCUUUAUUUGAUAUCUAAGGUGCAAGACCAACAAUAUAUUAAGAGAUCUGUAGACAUGAAGGCAAAGCUCUUGUAUUUUUUUCAUCCAAACACCUCAAUUUAUUUUAUAAAUUCGUUCAUUUUUCCUGUUAUGUUUUAUAUAAUAUAUGGACUAAACAAAAUAAAAUAACAGUACAAAA